UCGUGGCUUUGUCUUGCACUUAGCUUAGAUUUAUCAUGACAUCAAAAAGCAAACCUCUUCCUCUUCAUGACACCCUACGUGAUCUUGCUCUUCUGCGAGCUUCUUCUGUAGACCUCUCUGGUCUGAUUGCUGACGACACGACGCCUUCACAGUCCGAGUCAAGAGGGGUUGAAGGAGUCGAUGAGUCCACAACACAAUCAUACGCGUUCGUGAAAGAAGCGCGGACGGCGUUGAGAAUGCACAAUUCAGGAGAAGCGCAAAAGCAAGCGACAAGGAUUGAACAGGUUCAAGAGGAACUAGCAGACGUGUUGAGAAGUUUGUCGGAUUGAGUACGCGUAGCUGGUCGUGUCCUUUUGAAAGACAUUAUACGUCGUCCAUUCAGUGACCUUGUCACCCGUCAUCGAUCAUCGUUGAACAAUUCAAUGAAGUGCGCUAGCUUCGUCAGUUUAAGUGGUUGUUGUAGGUCAUACAAUGUAUGUACGUGCGAGGGAAGAGUCUAUGCACCAUGGUAGCAGUAGUGGUAAGUCCAAGACGAUACUAGGAUUGAUUUUCGCCUCUAUUAAUCUGCUGCGCUACCUGCUGAGCGACUUUUUUGGUCAUUCCACAUCGUUUUGUGAGGAUCCCGAUGACAUCCGUCUUCUUGGGACGUCCAGCGACG